GCAGUAGAAGACGAAGUCAGUCGGUCCUGUGGUACUUCUGAAUUAUCGCUAGCAGCCAGCAGCACCAGUCGGCGUCCUUGUAUGUUACUGUGACGUAUUUCUGUUACUUUCUGGAGGUCAACAGGAGCUCAGUUCGUCCUCGUCGGUGUGAUGGAACCGGACAAAAUGGACGAGAACGAGUGGAAGUAUCACGGAGAAGGAAACAAGAGCCUGGUGGUCUCACACGUCCAGAUUUCCAGAGUUCUGCGUCUUCUCAAGUAUCCGGCCGAGGACUCUGAGAACCCACCGCAGAGCGUGGAGCAGGCCUUCAGGCAGAUCCAGAACAUCGUGGACUUCAGCUCCAACGUGAUGAGCAGCCUGCUGGGAGAGAAGUUCAUCCACAGCGGGGAAGUCGUCAAGCUGCCGCUGGAGUUUGUGCGACAGCUGUCAAUCAAAAUCCAACAUCAAAGACCAGCGUGGCGCUGUGACAAGGUGAUGGACAUCUACAGCGGCUGUGCUCUCUGUCUACCCAACCUGACGUCUCCAAUCCUCCACCAGCCAACACACACUCCUCCACUCUGCAUUGAGAUUAAGCCCAAAUGUGGCUUCCUGCCAUCCUCCAAACACGUCAGCAAAGACAUCAAGACCAAAGUGUGCCGCUUCUGCAUGCACCAACACUACAAGGUGGCCAACGGGAAGUGGAAGAGGCCGAGUCUGUACUGCCCUCUAGACCUGUUCUCAGGGAACCGACAGAGGAUGCACUUCGCCAUCAGACACCUGAUGGAAGAACCUCAGAACAACUUCAAGAUCUUUAAGGGCGGUCAGUGCAUCUACAGCAGUAAGGAGGUCAGCGACGACUCCAUGGACCUGAACUCUCUGCUGCAUCACCUCAGACCGUACUUCCUGUACGGGAACAACCGGAUCAACAGUCACAUGACCAGCAAAGCCGUCUUGAACGACUUCAUCCAGGUGCUGGUCAACGCCCUGCUGAGCGGUGGAGACGGAGAGGUGGUGGCGGACACGCGGGGAGAGGGGCGGAGCUUCUGUGAAGCCAGUCAGUUCAACAAGGAGAGGAUCAGCAACGGUUCUCAGGGUCUGCCCGGCGACAGCGUGUUGUUCCGGAUCCUCCAGACUCAGAUGUUGGACACGCUGGACAUCGAAGGCCUCUUCCCUCUGUACCGCCGUGUGGAGCAGCACCUGCAGGACUUCCCCAAGGAGAGGGGCACCAUCUGGCCUCUGGCGUCACUUCCCGUCUGUGUCAGGACUCGCCUUCAGGUGGAGGGGCCCUACAACGAGGCCUUCCUGGAGAAGCUGCAGAAGUGCCCCCCCGAGGACGACGGCUCCGUGGAGUACGCCGUGGCCAAGGUCCAUCAGUACUGCGUCGCCAUGACAACCAAGGACUGCUCCAUCAUGGUCGCUCUGGUGCCCAGCGGUGAGGAAGAAGAGGAUGACGAAGGUCUCUCCAGUCAGAGGCGGCUCAGAGACUUCCCCUCCUCCAGACCGGCGCUCUCCUACGCCGUCUCCAUCUUGGACUUGGACCCCAAGCCGUUCGACAGCAUCCCCAGCCAGCUGCGCCUGGACCAGAAGAUCGUCUCCUGCUACCUGAAGACCGGCAGUGCCUUGCCCAAGGGCUCUCCGUCGCCGCACUGCGGCAUCUUCACAGCCGCAGAGAGAGAUGACUGCACGCUGCUCUUCCACCCCAUGUGAACGCCCCCCCCCCCCCCCCCCGAUGAGAGCCGGACCCCCGACUAACAGACGCAUGAUCCAAGACGGAGUUGACGUGGACGCAGAGGUCGAGAAUCCCUGCAGGCCGGAGACGGUACUGCAGCACUUCUUCUUCUCUGCUCGUGUUGACGGUUAACAGCUCGGCAAAAAAAAAAAACCCAUCUCCAGGAAGUCACCACUAACUCAUCAGACGUGUCGUUGGCGUCUCCCUCUCAGCAGGAGGUGAAUCCCGGCGUCACCGCCGUGUUCUCGUGAUUCAUAUUUAUUAGAAAACUCAUCGGGGAGCUUCUGAGCUCCGAGAAGAAGGAAAGAAGAGCGAAAGAGGAGAGAGAAAAGCACGUCGUCGUUUGGAGCGUUGCCGUACGCAAGAUGUCAUUUCCUGAAUGUAGGCGGGGCUUCUGGGAGAGGGAGGCGGAGCCAUGAUGUACGUGUCCAGGUUGAACGGGGCAUGGGAGGCGGGGCCAAUCCGGUCCCCUGCAGGUGUGCCAGGAGGAUCCGGCUCUCUGCUGGACGUCUCCAGGCCGCCGUUCAAGACGAGGCGGCGUUCCGUUGUUCUGACAAACUUCACGAACCAGAACCACGAGAGCCGGAUGGCAGCGAGAGGCGGAGCUCCACGGCUCGCUGGGUUCACUUUGUUUGCGUCGCGUUUAACUUAAUUUCUUUUUUCUCAUCGGGCGUUGUUGCCGAGAUUUUGAAGGUCAAACGUUGGUGACUUUAUUUUACUUUUUCAGAAGGAGGGUUGAGUAUUGUUAAAGGGUAACUUCACCUAAAUAAUAAUAAUAAUAAAAAAGCCUUGCCUCUUUCCUCCAGUGAAAUCUAUCCAGGUCUAAUGUGCCUCCAAAACAAGAAGUUUUGACUCUCGCAGCUUUGAAAAAUGACUUUUUAUAUGUAAAGUCUACAAAACACAACAGUGACAUGUUUUAAUUUAAACUUUUAAGUUUGACGAAAAUAGUUCCAAUAAAAUAUAUUCUUAAAAUGUCCUUUUCAUUGCCAACAAACUACAUUUGUGGCAGAAAUGAAAUCCAAAAUGCGUGGAGAGAUUUCACUCGAAGGAAGAUUAAUAAAUAUAAAAAACACUCGGUGGCCACUUUAUUAGGUACACCAAUAACAUAACGCAUCAAGAACAUCAGCCUUGUUGUUUGACCUUUAAACCUUUAUUGUUCUUUUUCUGUUGGUGCUGUAGAGGUUGUUGUUCAGGUUAACUAACAGCUGGGGCUCGGGUUGCCAUAGCGACGCGGCUGUUGUCUUCGUAGCACUGAGUGUUUUAAGUCAUUUGGGUAAACUGACCCUUUAAGGUCCAGACCUCGACUAACCAGCUCUUGUAGGUUCUUCAAGACGUUUGAGUCCAGUUGCCUUUGGUGGUUCUGACGUAACACCUUUUUGUUUUUGAAAAACAAAGCACAUUAUUUUAACUCUUAAGCAUUUAAGUCGUCGUCUAACACUCUGCGUAGCUUUACUCUCGCCGCUCUGCGUCUCUUCUUCACGACGGAAGCCCAGACCGCAAAUUCAGCAGUCGGCCAAUCGGAAACACCGAUGUAAAAAUGUGUCGUCGCUGGACUAGACUUCCCUGAAGAGAAGACCAAUGGGAGUAGUUUAAAGCAAAGAGGGUCAGAGCACGUCAGCGUCUGACCCACCGGAGCAAAGGCUUCUGGGUAACGGGCCGAGCUGCUGCUCCGCCGGUUGGUUGGUGCCAUACGGCUCGUUGUGUGUGUCCAUGUGCCUAAAUGUUCUGGUGGGACUGGAGGGUGGUUGUGUGCGUGUGUGUGUGUUGAUAAACUUGCUUUGUUACAGUCUGCGUUCACAGCUGAGACCAGCGCCGCGUGGUCGCUGGUCUCAGGUCAGCGCUGUGGACGCGGCGGCCGUGAACUCUCAGAACCUCGAACGCCCGACGACCCGGAAACCCUGAAGCGAAAUGAUGCGUUCAGGAGCGCCAGGAGGUUUCAGAAGACGGCGACGUCAUCGGGAGUCGGGGGACCGGCGGCCGGUUUUUAAAGUUCUGUUACCAGCAGACGAGUCCAGACGCGUCGCUCGUGGUCGUCCUCUGAGCCGGCGGCGCUCGCAGAGGCUUCAGGUGAAACCGGUGACGCUUGAUUUCAGUUCCUGUUUACAGCGUCGCUCUCCGACCUCCACCGCCUCCGUCAGCCAAUCAAACGCCUGGGAACAAAAUCACACUACAGGAUGCAAACUAGAGCCGUCACUCCAUCGGGACGACGUGAGCCAAUGGCAUGCCCCCCCCCUCAGUAGUUCUGUUGAAUCCAAACGCUAAACUAAAAGGUUUAAAGCGAGGUCGCUUCACUGACCUUUUGACCCCAUCGCGGCGUCACCUCCGUUGCCUUGGAGACGGAGGCGUUACCAGGAUGGAGGGCGGCCGCAGUGAACUGAACCGAACCGCUGAUCCUUCUGACUGUUGAACUGAAGACGCAGAGGCUCAUGGGAAGAGGGCGGGUGGGUUCACGUCUGUGAGACCGCAGCUGAUUGGAUGUUACUGCGACUUUAAGUUUUAUAUAACUUCUAAACAUUGUAACAAACUUAACGCCAAAGCAUCCGCACAGAUUAUUUUCAUAAUCGAGAGAAAAAGCCGCUUCAGUUUGUGUGUCAUCAUAUUUUAUACGUGAGGUCAGACAUGGAAGAGUGAAGCGAUAUGAAAACAAUAUAACAUUAUUAUUAUUAUUAUAUCUAGACACAAUGAUAAAACAAUGUCUCUGACCCCAGCGUCAGCUCCUUAACACACUUCAUCAGCAGAGUGAGUCCUAGAGGAACGAGGUUAGAGGAGCGAGUCCUAGAGGAGCGAGCGAGUCUGAGAGGAGCGAGUCCUUGAGGAACGAGUCCUAGUGGAGCGAGUGUUUGAGCUCCAGGAGUCCGCAGAAGACUAGAAUAUCCAGGAAGUCUCUCUAAAUUAAAUCCGGUUCCAGACGUCUAACUUAAUGCUAUCGGACACAAACUGGGCCAAAAUAAAUUCCUUUAAGAUUCUGUCCCAGUAGAAAACGGUCCUCCCUGAGCUGCCGUCUGAUUGGUCGGUUGCCUCUGCCUCGCCUGGGCGUCGGGCUGCAGGAGCCUACGGACUUCUAACAGCUGCGUGUGUAAAUAUCCGAGAGGAGAAAAACUAUUUGAGAAUACAAAAAGGCGACACUGCUGUCCAGCAUUUUUGUAUUUAAAUUAUUUAUUUUUGUAGAUUUUGACCGAUGAGCUCUGCCAUCACAGUCGGGCUCUUUCUAUUAAAUAAAGAUUUCUAAGAGACUAAA